CAGAGUAUAGCGCAACAAGAUGAAGAAAAGUUCGACCGCUACGACAACAAUGUCGCUACCGACCAGUCCGACAAUUUCGGCGCACACCAUUACCGGCAGUAAGCUAAGUUUAAGCAGCACAAAGACAGCGACUUCGGGGCGUUCGAGUCGCUCGAGCAUGCAAUCGCCACAGAAGAAGAAGAGCGAUCUCGAAUUAGAGUCGAUAUUAGAGAAGGCGAAAUUUUACACAUCGUUGUGCCUUGGAACCACUGCAAUUCUGUCGGUUUUUGCCUUCCUCUUUUUAAUACCAUUCGUUGUGGAUCCAGCAAUAUCGACGAUAAUUGCCGAUUAUGAUCCCGUACCAGUUACAUGUAUUGUCAUUGAUCAUGUCUACGCGGAAGGCAUAAGAAAUUGUUCGUGGAGUUCAUGCCGCGAGGGCUGCACGUCAUCACUCACCAAGUGCCAUCAGUUGUACGUCAACUACACACGCAUACCAUUCAUCGAAUGGGAAAAGAAUCCACAUGAGCUGGAUAAGGUGCAAUGGGACGUCAGUUAUACGAAAUUUCUCAUCAAUUCGGAAGGUUGCGGUUAUCCACCCACAACGAAUUGCAGUGUCUUUGCGCGCCAAUAUGGCUACUCGCACAUUGGCGAACCAUUUCCCUGUUAUUACAGUCGUGCCUACCCAGAAGUGGUGAUCGGUCGCUACUCGUGGGAGAACAACUUGUAUCAUCUCGUGCUGUCGCUUAUCAUACCGAAUGUUCUAUUCGCCAUUUCGAUUGGUGUGCUCAGCUAUUGGUACUGCCCCUGUUGCGACAAAGCAUGCAACAAAUCAUCACGAGUCUAUGCGGAGAAGUUUCCCUCGAAGGAAGAAAAACUUCUGUGUCAAAGUGACGACGAAGAUGAUAUGGAAUACUAGUGAACUAGCGAGUCUAGUGAAAGGCUAGAUAUACUCGUAGCAUUAGAAAAGCUGCUUACACAACAACAACAGCAAGAAAUCGUACUCGUACACGUAUUCGUAUUCGUAGAAGGAGUACAAUGUAGAAAAUCGAUAGCCACAUUUUGUAUUCGUACACAACAGUUACAAAUAAAUAAUAAUAUUUACCUACUACGCUCAUACACAUAGUAAUUAUAUAUACACAUACAUACAUACAUAUAUGUAGCUAGUUAAAUAUGGCGAUGUGUAUGUACCUAUACAUACAUAUUUAGGACUCAUUAUAGCUAAACGCAUUCGUAUGUUUAUUACAGUGCACACAUACAUAUAGCAAUAUCUGUAUUAGGGUGUUGUUUUUUUUCUUUUUUUUGAAAGUUUCAGUUAGAAAUGAAAGCGUGAACACGCUCGUUUUAGUUUCAUUUUUAACCUUUCCCAAAUCAUAUUUCWCUUCCCGAAAUCAUAUUGCUUUGCCAAUAAGCAAAUAAAUCGGCUACUUUUAAAAAGUGAUAUUCUUCUACAAAAUUUUCUGCGCCACAAAAAAGGUAURAAUGAUUUUAUGAUUUUUUCCAUAAAAACACCCGUUUAAAAGUUAUACGCAUUCAAAGUUCAGCAACAAAUAUAAAGAGCGCUCAUAGCUCUCAUUGGAACGUACCUGGAUUUUUAUCCAGCCAAGAACUGUCAACUUAGCACCAUUCCUCGAAAUUACUUCAAUAAUGUUUUCUGCCGCCAUAACAACAACGCUUAUAGUAGUUAUUUAAACACUUUGUGUUGCUCAUACGACGCGGAGUACAUUUGAUGAUUUGCUGUAUAACUUUAAAUGCAUACAACUUUUAAGGGAAUAUUAACAAAAAAAUCAACUUGGAAAAUAACGGACACCCUAAUGCAUGUGUAUGAAUAUAUGUAUGUAUGUUCGUCUACGCAUUGUAUACAUAACAGUAUUCGCAAUUUGCAAAGUAAAUUAUAAAAAAAUUGACAAUUCGUACUGUUCUCCUCCGCCCCCCAUAUCGCUAAACACAAGAGCAAAGCAAUUGUCUGCCGCAAAUUCAACAGUAUUUAAAUAAGUAUGUAUGUAUUAUGCUUAUUGCAAACUCCAGAGCAGUAUUUGUGCGAUUUAUUUGUUAAAGCUUUUAGUAUUAUUUUCGAAUUUGCAAUUGCACUUGAAGUAAAACUUGAUAUGCAAAUGCUAAAGCACGAUAUGUAAAAUAGAAAACAAUAAAAAUAUUUAUAUGAAAGUUAUAAAAUAAA